GAUUGGAUUGCCAUUGCAUGAUUGAUCGAGUGGUUUUGAAAUAUGUGUUCUCAUGAAGAAUGAGACUGUCUUCUCUCACGUUUAAAGUCUUCUACAAGUUCUUGUUCCUCGCCCCUUCUCCUAUUCUACCGCUUUCUCUACUCCGUGAAUUUCUCAAAAACAACCAUCAAAAUGUCCUCCUCGGUCCCGAUAGUGGAUAUUCACACUCACGUCUACCCGCCAUCUUACAUUGAGCUUCUUAAAACGCGCGAUGAAAUCCCUUAUAUAAGGCAAUUUCCCCCAGCGACAGAACAUCGAUUGGUUAUCUUGCCAGCGGAGGACACACCGAGUACGAGUAGGGGACGACCGAUUGGGUCUGAAUACUAUGACAUCUCCGAAAGAAUUGCCUUCAUGGACACCCACUCCAUCCGCACCUCGAUAAUUUCCCUCGCAAACCCCUGGCUCGAUUGGCUUCCCCCCACCACCGCCCUCGAAACCGCUCUAUCGAUCAACACCGAAAUAAACUCCCUCUGCGCUCUCCACCCAACCCGUCUCUAUUUCUUCGGCACGCUCCCCCUAUCCGCCUCUCCAUCCUCCAUCCUCGAGAGCAUCGCUCACCUCAAAACCCUCCCCUACUGCCGCGGUAUCAUCCUCGGAACAAGCGGUCUCGGCUCCGGUCUCGACGACCCCUCUCUCCUUCCCAUCUUCAAAGAAUUAGCCGCCAACAAUUUCCCCAUCUUUCUGCAUCCGCACUACGGACUCCCCACCUCGGUCUUCGGUCCCAGAGGAAAUGAUUACGGGCAUGUUCUCCCUCUCGCUCUUGGUUUCCCAAUGGAGACCACCAUCGCCGUUACCCGCAUGAUCCUCUCCUCGGUAUUCUCUUCCGUACCGGAUCUACAAGUUAUUCUCGCGCAUAGCGGUGGCACCCUUCCAUUUUUAGCAGGGAGAAUAGAAAGUUGCGUGUUGCACGAUGCGCAUCUAAAAGCCGAAGGAAAAUUGGCCGAGGGAAGGAAAACCAUCUGGGAAAUCUUGAAGAAGAAUAUCUGGCUAGACGCAGUAGUUUACGGGGAUGUGGGAGUUCGAGGAGCAGUCGGAGUGAGUGGCGCGGACAGAGUAAUGUUCGGAACCGAUGCGCCGUUUUUCCCACCUUUGGAUGAGGAGGAAGAGGGGAAGGGAGAAGAUGCCAAGCAGUGGCUAAGCGUUUCCAUGAAUAAAGAUGCUAUACGUAGCGCGUGUGGCGCGGGGAGUGAGGAGGAAAAGGCUAUUUUGGGGGGUAAUGCGAUUCGACUUUUUGGGUUGGAUUUGGAUGCUUCUGCGUAGGAUACCUCGACAUGAAGGGACAUCGCAUGUCAUACAGCAAUACAUCAUAUAUCAAAAGCCCAUAGCAUAGCGUAGCAUAGCAUAGUAUACAAAAUAAAAGUGCAAUUUGAAGUUUCCA